AUGAAGUUGAGACCGAAUGCCAUAAGUUGGAAUCCAAUGGAGGCAUUCUCGUUCACAUGUGCAAAUGAAGAUUACAAUUUAUAUACGUUCGAUAUACGGAACUUGUCGGACCCUCGUCGCGUCUACAUGGGUCAUACAAAUGCAGUCAUGGACAUAGACUAUUCUCCGACCGGGACGGAAUUUGUUUCGGGAAGUUACGAUCGUUCUGUGAGAAUCUUCCCCGUUGAAGCAUAUCGUAGCAGGUUCGGUUCGGUUUGA